AUGUUCCCCGUGAGACCUAACCGAGACGAUAGGAAGAAGGCGAAGACUCCCCAGACUUCAACCAAAAAGCCACAGACCCGCCCGUCAACCAAGGAUCGUGAAUCUCCUCCCGGUACCUCGCCAACUUCCUCUCUACGCAGAUCCUCCAUGCCAGGACUCGACAGUCGGUCGGGGACUGCCUCGUUCCUCGAAUCUAGGACCAGUCUACCAUAUCCCGGUUUCUCAAAGGCUCAUAGCAAGGAGGACGUUCGGAAGACAAAUAUCCCCACACCGGACCCGACCGAUUUGACGGAACUCGAAGAUGGGAAAACAAAUGGGAAAACAAAUGGUACCAGCCACCACCGGACGGAGAACCACCAUGCGCCUCCCAGUCCGCCUCUGACUGGUCUUGACCAUGAGUCCUCGAGAAAGGGGAGUGUCGUUGAGGACGAGAAGGAAGAAAAACCAAAGAGGAAAACAAACAUCAAGAUUAGAGCGGAAGUCAACAGGUCCUCGUCGAGUUUACGGUCGAAACGGGAUGACGGCACCAAAUCCAAGUCCAGUAGCAAGACCUCGCGAACAGAGACCCCUACGAAAUCUAAAACCCCCAAGGAUGAGAGCGAACCUACCCGGUCGUCGAGCUCGAAAUCCAAGCCGAAGGUUUCCGAGGACAAGAAAAUCCCCAAACGGUCCAGUCGCUCGACGAUGACUGCUUCACCGUCGAACAUUACGAUGCGUGAUGCCGUUGAGUCAGUGAACGGGUCCGACGCGACAUCUAUCGCGCCCAACCAACAGCACCCACGGAAACCCAUGACCCCGCCUACGAAGCCUCCAUCACGUACUCAGAACCGAUCCGCCAUGUCCCAUCGACGCACUGCCAGCGACGAGUCCAUCGAUUUCAUCAAACCAGCAAACCCACAUGCAUUUGGCGCACCCCCGCCGCCUCCACCUCCGCCCGAAAUGCCCGCCACGAUCCCUCGAGUCGAUUACUUGCUGAAAAACGGUGGUCUGGAUCACAAGGUGUCGAGGGCGCUGCUGGCUGGCCUCGGUCAAACGGAUCCAUUCUCGCAGGGACAGUCGCAGUCCCGGGCUGUCGCAAGCAAGAUCUUCGAUCCAUAUAACCGGUUGUUGGACGAUUACCAGAAGGUCAUGAACAAAAAUGGGUCGCUUGCGGUUGCGACAGGUUACCGGUCCGUCGCACGACGUUUAUUAGAUCGUCUGGAGGCUGUAUUCGCGCGCGAUAUCUCCUCCGAGCCCUGCAGUUGCCAAAUAUGCGAACAAGCGGACUCCGACGAGCGGCCGGACGGCGUGAGCUGGGGCGAGGUUUUGGAGCUCGUGUCCGGCCGCCGGGAACUUCCCAUGUGGCCGCCCUUCACGAUGGCGCCAACCAGUGUGGACACCGGUGCGCCAGGCGAUGAGCAUAUUCCAAUGCAGAAACUGGACGUCGACGUUCCUGAAGAGUACCGCGACCACUUCAUCCGGCAGUCGCGUAAGACGAAGGUCGCGGUCGACAAAUGGCUGAGUGAGCAAAACGACCCGGGGACCAGCGCUCCCAACGAGGUUGACGAUGAAACGUUGACCUUCGCCAUGCUGACGCAUCUCCAACCCCACCAACGCUCCUUGUUCUGCUCCUUACUCGGCAUCAAUUCAGCCACUCCUGUCCCGCGAGCUGGCGACGAGAAGCCCCGACCGAAACCCUCUGCGCUUGUGUCCUCCGCCUCUGCCAUCCAGCGUCUCUACCGACUUCCCUCCCUCCCUCGAGACCCAGAAACUGCCAUGUACAUGUUGAACAACCCCACUCUCCACCAUGUCCUCGCCACUCUUUCUGCCAUCAGCGACGAUGAAUGGGAAAUCCUCAUCUCCGGCCGCUUCGACGGCUUCCUCCGCAGCGGCGCAGAAGACACCGGCCCAACCACCACGCCCAACUCCCGCUGGGGCAGCCGCUCCAACACGCCGUUGGGCGGCGGUAUCUCUCGCGGCCCAACACCGAGCUACGUAGACGGCAGCUUCCGACCCCCCAGCCAAGGAGCCGGUGGCCCCUCCUCACCCGCCUCAUUCGGCGGGCCCAUCGCCUUAGACGAGGAAACCGAAAUCGCCGCGUUAGCCGAAGUCGAGCGCGACAUUUUCCUCGGAAUGGAAGCUUUGGAAGAUGCCUUCGAAGCCCUCCACUGCAAGGCCGAGGCCGUCCGACGCGCGCUCCGCGAACGUGGUGCCGGCCUCUCAGUCGCAAACCAGAGCCGCCGCGGCUCCUACGUGGAAGCGCGUCUUGGCACGCCGUUUUCCGGCGUCGGGACGUGGGAAAGCGGAGGCGAAGACGACUUUCUCGAUGAUGAGCGCUCUCUUGCACCGGAUGACUCGGCUAGUAAUAUUAGCUCUAACCGUCGGCGACGGCCGAAGAGGCGCACAGAGCGACGUACGCCUGCGCCCGUUGAGGAGGAGGACGAGGAAGAUGAUCCUGUUGGGCGGCGGGAUUCGCGACACUCUCGACGCAGGUAG